GGCGGGCUGCUCCGGUGCGCCUUCGCCUCCAAGACGCAGCUGGAGAACUUCCCCCCUCCCCAAAACUUUCCAGAAGUUUCUCCGGCUCGCUUAUAUAGUCCCCUCCUCCGGGCCCGGCCGUCGCAGAAAGAGCCAGUCGGACGGUGGGGCGCUGUUCGAGUCAGGUCCGCGAAGAUAAUCCGGUUCCUGCAGACCCGCCCGGCGCGGUCGUUUGGCCAGACGCGUCCUCCCCGUCCCCAGCGGGAGAUCUCCGAGGAGCUCAAGGUGGCGUACAUGUUUCUUCCCCCCUUCCCAUUUUUAUCCUUGCAACAACCUUGUGAGAAUGAAAAAGCCAAACGUUGACCACACUAAGAAAAAGUUUCAAGGCUCGGCUUGGUCCCAGUUCCCAUGGCAGCCAUGUGGGUGAUCAGACUCCUGGCGCUCUGCGCUCUGGUCGUUGCUGUGCCCCCAGAAGGCAAGAAGGCGAGCGAGAAGAAAGCCGCCACAUCAGGCGAGAAGAAGCUGAGCGACAAAGCAACGGCCUUGGCCGACCGCAGCGCCGUCCUGGCCUUCAACCUCUACCACGCAAUGGCUAAGGAGAAGAACAUGGAGAACAUCUUGGUCUCUCCAGUGGUGGUGGCAUCUUCACUUGGGCUGGUCUCUCUUGGCGGCAAGGCCACCACCGCCUCCCAAGCCAAGGCUCUCCUCAGCGCUGAGAAACUGAACGACGACUACGUGCACAGCGGCCUGUCGGAACUCCUGAGCGACGUGAGCAACUCCACGGCCCGCAACGUCACCUGGAAGAUCGGCAGCCGCCUGUACGGCCCCAGCGCCAUCAGCUUCGCCGACGACUUCGUCAAAAGCAGCAAGAAGCACUACAACUACGAGCACUCGAAGAUCAACUUCCGGGACAAGCGGAGCGCCCUGAAGUCCAUCAACGAGUGGGCGGCCCAGACCACCGACGGGAAGCUGCCCGAAGUCACCAAAGACGUGGAGAAGACGGAUGGGGCCUUGAUCGUCAACGCCAUGUUCUUCAAACCUCACUGGGAUGAAAGGUUCCAUCACAAGAUGGUGGACAAUCGUGGCUUUAUGGUGACCCGUUCCUACACAGUUGGCAUUCCCAUGAUGCAUCGCACAGGGUUGUACAACUAUUUUGACGACGAGGCAGAGAAGCUGCAGAUUGUGGAGAUGCCGCUGGCCCACAAGCUCUCCAGCAUGAUUUUCAUCAUGCCAAACCACGUGGAGCCGCUCGAGCGCCUGGAGAAGCUGGUGACCAGGGAGCAGCUGAAGGUCUGGCAGGGGAAGUUGAAGCGGAGAGCUGUGGCCAUAUCCUUGCCCAAGGUCAGCUUGGAAGUCAGCCACGAUCUUCAUAAAUACUUGGCUGAUCUCGGUUUAACGGAAGCCGUUGACAAAAACAAGGCUGACCUGUCCAAGAUUUCAGGCAAGAAGGAUCUCUACCUCUCCAACGUCUUCCACGCUGCAGCCCUCGAGUGGGACACGGAGGGGAACCCCUUCGAUGGGGACAUCUACGGCCAGGAAGAGAUGAAGAACCCGAAGCUCUUCUACGCGGACCAUCCCUUCAUCUUCCUCAUCAAAGACAAUAAGACCAACUCCAUCCUUUUCAUUGGCAGACUGGUCAGGCCCAAAGGGGACAAAAUGCGAGACGAAUUGUAGCGUGUGAGUGUGCGAGUUGUGUCUGUGUGUGUUUGGGGUAUUUUUUUUUAAUGGGGAAUAUCAUAUUUUAAGUAUCUCUUACAAACUGGUAUACCUGUGCCAUUAACUCGCUGAAAACUUUGGAGGUCUUAAACGGGGGCGUGUGGGUCAGGGAGGAAAAAGGUCAAUGGGGCAUCUCUAGGAGCAGUACCUGUUUCUGCUGCUGCUGUUUCCAGGGUCCUUAACACCUUUUGCUCACAGUUUUCCUUAACGAGCAGAGGAAGCUGCCAUGAGCCAGUAUUGUCUACACUGACUGGCAGCAGCUCUCCAGAGUUUCAGGCACGAGUCUCUCCCAACCCUCUCUGGGGAUUGAAGCUGAGGCCUUCUGCAUGCAAAGCAGACGCUCUGCCACUGAGCUGGGGCCCUUCCUUGUUUGUGAGGCUUGUCACAGCACUGAAUGAAGAGCUGCCCAGUUGUGUUGCAGACUAUUUAAAGAAGCGAGCACAUAAACUCACCCCCUAACAGCGUGGCGUUCGCUGCCAUCCUUUUAGUUUUUCUGUAUCUUGCUUCUUUUAAAUGUGAAAUAGGGGUACAGUCAACCACACGCAGCGAGGCUGUUUUAUCAGCAAUAUAUGAAAUUCCAAGUUUGUGCCUUUUGUAAGAACAAGUAAUCGUGACCAAAAAAUUACAAGGAUUUCUCAUUCAGUGGUGGGUGCUCUCCCCCGUGAGAAAUGCAUGUUGCAUUCUUUGCUGGGAGGACAGAUACAAUUUUUAUUUAAAAAUAUAUAUAAAGUCACUAUUUGAGAUGGCAUAUUAAUGCCUCAACCAUAUACCACUUUUACAGUUCAACACAAAGACUGCCAAGAGCCUCCUGCAGUAGAGAAUCAAAUUAUUUGGUGUGUGUCACACAAAACCACUCGGGCUCCACUUGUGGUUCCCAUCAACCAAGUCCCUAAAAUCAGCCUGUCUUAGGGGAGUGAAAUUGAUGGGGUGGAUAGUCCUGUGGGUGCAUCUCUAACGUCCUUCAGGACCUAAUUGAUCUUCGGGAACAGAAGGUGCUAUUCUUUAGAAGCUACAGUCACCAUUGGUUGAACUCUACAUGGGCUCAUGUUAAAAAAGAAAAAGGUGGUCUGGGCAUGCACAAGAUGUGUGAUCUUCUCAAGCAGAAGCCUCACCAUAGGAGGGAUAAUGAACAGGGCCUUGGUCAGGUCAGAAGUACUAACCCACCCACCCAGAGCAAAUGCAUAUGCCAAUCUUAAUUCAAACCACCAACUUUUAUCCCAGUUAGCAGUGAUUCAACAUCCCUGGGAAGGAGGCUGGAGCUGAGCAUGCAUGCAUGCAAGGACUAGCCCUUUGUUGUGGAAGUACAACUUACUAGGCAUGCUAGCUUAAAAUGCAUCCUCCCUGGUUAGGGAAAUGCCUUAGAUUAUUGGUCCAUCUAGCGGCAUACAUGUCUGGCAGCGGCUCUCGAGUCAUUCCCCAACGCUACCUGGAACUGCUAGGGCUUGAACCUGGCCCUUCUGCAUGCAAAGCAGAUGCUCUGCCGCUGAGCUAAGGUCCUUCCCAUAAAUGUUGACACCUUACAGGACUGCAAGGCCAUGUGUCCCUCCCCCGUGAAUGUUGUGAAUUGCAGAAAACACAGUGGACAUAACAGCAGUGAACAAUGGCAGCCAAGUUUGGUGGCUGUCAAAAUUCCCUGGUAUCUCUUUUGAGUUUUUGAAAAAUGGAAAUGGACUGCCUUCAAGUUGAUCCCGACUUACUUGAAUAGGGUUUUCAUGGUAAGCAGUAUUCAGAGGGGCUUUUACCAUUGCCUUCCUCUGAGGCUGAGAGGCAGUGACUAGCCCAAGGUCACCCAGGGAGCUUCAUGGCUGUGUGGGGAUUCGAACCCUGGUCUCCUGGGUCAUAGUCCAACACUCUAACCACUAUGCCACUUGAUGUUCAAAUAAUUUAUCUGGAUUUAUCAGCUUUCACCCAAGAGCACACCAGCAUCGCUCCCAAAAUGUCGGGCAUUUAUUGUGAAAUACUGACACAUGGCACAGGGACAUAAAUGUGCAGAAACUCAUAGCCAUUCAGUGGGACCUUCCACUUAGAAAUAGUUUCCAGUUUCUCCUUCAGCAAAGUUCCCUAGCAGAGCAAUGUUUAGGGAAAGUAUUUCUUGAAGCUUCAGCAAAAGCUUACAACCUUGAAACUGUGGCAUGACCAGGUCUCCUUUGUACUGGUGGUACUUCUAAAUUAGCAGCUGUGUACAGACCUCCUGAGGUGUACCCUCAAAACUCGCUCCAAUGCCUAUUCAUUACUCCCCCCCCCAAAAAAAUGGACAUUGCGAUUGUUACUAACCUUUCCUUCCAUUUUUUUCCCUUUGUGCCAAGACUUCCCACUGUUGAUAUUCCCCGUGUUUGAAUUAUACAAAUGAUGUUCAGAACCAAGAGUUGUCACAGGCAGGAAAAAGCACUUAGGAUGUGAAAAAAAUGAAUGCCAGGAAGGAUGUUCUUUCAGGCGCCUGGCCUUGUGCAAAAAAAAAUAAAAAUAGGGACACUACAGUGAACAACUUGCACACUGAACUCUGGUGCUAUGACAGUUUGGGGACGGUGAGAGAAUGGCACAGAGUACUUGUGGGAUGAUUGACUUGCGUGCUGUGAAUGCAAGAGUCAGCUGCCUUUAUUUUCUAUUGUCACACAAAACUUAGGUUGUACGGUUUUUGCAAUAAAAUAUUUUUGGUGAAUCAA